AUGUCUAUUGCACAGCUCUCGCAGCUGUUACCGCUUCCUGAUGAAGAGCUCAAGCAGGUCCUCGAUUACGCCUCUACUCUCUCCACAGCAGAAGCGGCAGAUCAUUUUGGAAAUCUACUAGGAGACUCACCCCAAGCGAUUGAGUUUAUAUCAUCAUUCAACUCUCGGAGACAAACUUCAGCACCUGGCAGCUCUUCGUACUCCAACGUCACCGCACCGCCUGAACCCGAAUCGCAAAAUGUUGACGCCGUACCCAAGGCAAAACGACAACCAAAAAAGAAGAAGGCAAAUAUCCACACACCUCAAGCGAGGCAAGUUGGCGAAUAUGCGGCACCCGCGGGUACAACAUACAGCAAAAAGGACCUGAGCCUUGACUACAUUCCUCAACGGCCGAGCGCACCGAGCAGUAACAAUGCCUCACGAUCGACCACCCCUAAACCCGACCCUAAGCCUGUCGCAAAGCCUCCUCCUAAACAGCAUGCCUCAGCUGGUUACCUAAUUGGAGAUGGGCCAUCCAAGGCCAAGGCCAAGUCGAAUCCUACCUCGCGCAGUUCCACACCAAAGCCAGCUACAACGACCAAGAUAUCCAUAGCCGGAGGCUUGCCUAUGGCUGGAGCAUCAACUGCUAUAUCUGACCUUGACGCAGCUAUUCGAGCGCUUGAAAUUUCGACAAAUCCUACACUGGAUAACUCCAAGGCUAGAAAAUGCAACUGUGUCGCUACGAGGCAUCCUCUUCAGGGCGCAGCACCCAAUUGUCUCUCUUGUGGCAAGGUUAUAUGCAUGAAGGAGGGUUUGGGACCCUGCUCCUAUUGUGGCACUCCUCUUCUCACAUCAGAUGAAGUUCAAGCGAUGGUACGGGAACUUAAAGACGAACGAGGACGUGAACGACAGGCUGCGAACCGUGAUGCCAAUCGUCGUGCUGAUGUAGCCAAGACGCCGGCACCGUUUACUCAACCACGUGGAAAUGAUGGUCCCUCACUCAGUGACGCUGAAGCCAAGGCUCGCGCCCAUCGUGACAAGCUUCUCAACUUUCAAGCUCAAAAUGCCAAGCGAACCACUGUCCGUGACGAGGCGGCCGAUUUUGACGUCGGUGGGGCGCUUACAGGAACGGGUAGCAUGUGGGCAACUCCUGAGGAGAGAGCACGAGAAUUGAAGCGACAACAGAAGGUCCUUCGUGAGAUGGAGUGGAGUGCACGACCAGACUACGAGAAGCGGAAGCAAGUUGUGAGCAUCGAUGUGGUGGGAGGUAAAGUUGUUCGCAGGAUGGCAGCAGUGGAGCGACCCGUCACACCUGAGUCUGAAGAUGAGGUGAUUGAUAACGCUGUCAAUGAUGGCACUCUUGGGGAUACGUCGGGGAAUAAGGGUCGUGGAAGAACCGGUGGAGCCUUUAGCGGUAAUCCUCUGCUUGGAUCCUUGAUCAAGCCUGUCUUUGAUGCCAAGGGCAAGGGUGCUGAAGUAGAGGGAAGGGAAUCACGGAGAAAGAAGGGAUGGCAGCGUGUUCAGCAUGAUCUUGAUAAUAACGAGGGAGUGAUUUUGGACGGGGGUGUCUAUGGACAUGCUGGUGGUGAUGAACCAGCUUGUGGGUGA